GUAUCGAGUCAAACUAGUCAUAACGUGACAUCUGGCAAAGUGAAGAGUGUUGUUUGUGUUCUUAUCAUAAAUAACUCGCCAGGUCAGCUUUUUCUUAAAACACAAAAAUGGCUCAAGAAUCUUCGAUUCCAGAGUUAAUCACCAAGAAAAGAGAUGGUCAAGAACUGUCUAAAAGGGACAUCGAUACAUUUAUCAAAGCUGUCAUUACUAAGAAAGCCGAAGAUGUCCAAAUUGGUGCCAUGCUAAUGGCUAUGUAUUUGAAAGAUCUAACAACUCUUGAAAGCAGCCACCUUACUCAAGCUAUGAAAGAUUCUGGAGAAACAUUAAGCUGGCCAGAUGAAUGGACUGGUUUGUUAGUAGAUAAACAUAGUACUGGUGGUGUUGGUGAUAAAAUCAGCCUAGUGUUAGCACCAGCAUUAGCAGCAUGUGGUUUAAAGGUACCAAUGAUAUCCGGAAGAGGAUUGGCACAUACCGGUGGUACAUUAGACAAACUGGAAGCAAUACCGGGAUUUCGGAUUGCCAUGGAACCAAAAGAGAUGACAGACAUACUCAGGGAUGUUGGUUGUUGUAUGGUUGGCCAGACGGCUAAUCUCUGUCCUGCAGACAAAAUAUUAUAUAAAUCACGUGAUAUAACCGGAACUGUUGAUAACCUUGGAUUGAUUACAGGUGAGGUGGAGAGA